AUGUCGAAAACGAACACCAAACAGAAGAACCGCGAGGAAAAAGUCAUCCUUGAAAAGGACGACGCAGAGAGAAAGCUAGAGAGUCUGCUCUUCGGGGGCGACGACUUUCAAAGCACAUUGAAGACGGGCCAAGAUGGCGACGCGCUAGCACUCGCAAACGUUUCCGACGAAAGCGCAGACGAAGCGGGGGAUAUUGAGGAGGAGGAAGAUUUGGAAAACAUCGACGAUGCAGAUCUCUUCUUUCUCGACUCUGGAGCUGGACCGGUGUCCACAGAGCUAGAUGAGUCUCAUGUGGUCCCGGCUGGCGCUGAAGACGACGAUGAAAUGAACGAAUUGCCCGCAGUGUGGCAUGACAGCGACGAUGAGCGCAUCACGAUAUCUCUAGCCGGGAACAACAAAUUGAGGAAAUUGCGUGUUUCCGAGUCAGAGGAUAUUAUCAGUGGAAAGGAGUACAUUCGGCGAUUGCGGAGGCAGUAUCUGCAGCUGCACCCCACGCCGGACUGGGCUAACCCGAAGCUGAACAAGCAGCCGGAUGAAGAUGAGGAUGAAUCUGACCGCGUAGAUGAGAUGGAUACAGAUGACGAGGAGACGCAGGCUACGCAGCCUCUGGCGAAGCUUUUGCAGGGUAUGGACUUUACAAAGAUUGAGACGCAGGGCCCAACGGGUGGUCGGCCGAAGCUGCGAAAGGAAGUUAUUGGUAUCCAACGAUUGAAGGAUAUCGGCAAGGACCAGCCGUCUGCCGUCACAUCACUCACCUUCCACCCGCACUACCCGUUGAUCCUCUCCUCAGGGCCAGCCUCAACCCUCUUCAUCCAUCACAUCGCCCCCGAUGCACCAGCUCCGAACCCCCUUCUCACCUCUCUCCACAUCCGCCGCACCCCAAUCACCACCUCCGCCUUCUCCUCUCCCAACGGUAAUCAUAUUUACGCCUCCGGUCGCCGCCGCUUCUUCCACAUCUGGGAUCUCAAUAGCGGCAAAGUCGACAAGAUCAACGGCUCUGCGGACCGUCGCGAGGAGCAGAAAUCCAUGGAACGCUUCAAGCUCUCCCCCUGCGGUCGAUACAUCGGCCUGGUUGGUUCCACCCGCAAGGGCGGCGGUGUCAUCAACAUCCACAACACUGGCACAGCACAAUGGCUCGCACAGGUCCGCGUGGACGGCCGCGGCGGCAUCGCGGACUUCGCGUGGUGGGCCAACGGUGAAGGCUUGACGGCCGCCAACCUGAACGGUGAAAUCUCCGAAUGGGAUGGGCAACUGAACCGCAUUGUCGCUCGUUGGAAGGACGCUGGCGGCGUUGGCACAACCGUCCUCCGCCUCGGCGGCUCCCUCUCUCAGUCUCAGAGUAGCGAACACUCUCUCGGACCAGACCGCUACCUCGCCAUCGGCAGUAAAAGCGGUAUUGUAAACAUCUACGACCGAUCCACCUGGACAUCCACAUCCCUCCCCCGCAAUCCGGAACCCCUGCGCGCCCUCGACCAGCUUGUGACCCCGAUCACGCAAAUCGAGAUUGCGCCCGACGGGCAGUUCCUGGCCAUGGCGAGUGAAACGAAAAAGGACGCUCUAAGGCUCGUGCAUUUGCCGUCCUGCAUCGUAUAUCGCAACUGGCCGACACAAAGUACCCCGUUGGGGCGCGUGACGAGUGUGGCGAUAUCGCCAAACUCUGAGUAUCUGGCCGUUGGAAAUGAAAGAGGAAGGAUUAGGUUCUGGCAGAUCCAGGGGUAG